AUGGGUCUCCUUCACUUUUCUAGGGAAACAAAUCCAAACUCCAGUUCCAUUACUCAAAUAAGUCCCAAAUGUGAUGAUGGCUAUGGGUUCCUAUGGGACAUGGACCUCGAAGAAAAUAGCUUCCAUGAUGGCGUAGCCUCCAACAUGGUCGACGGAAUGAGAUUCGAGGGGGCAAGUCACGUGCUUGGAUUUGGACGGGUUGUUCCAUGGUUGGGGCUACUGUUCAAGUGA